AUGGUCGAAAAGGGUAUCAUCAUUGAUUGCGAGCAUGGUCAUAUCAGCGACGAUUCCAUGCACAGCUCAACUGCCGCUAUCGCUGCUUUGGGAGUGUCGCCGCUUGUUCGUCUCAGAAUGACUCACUCGGAUUUGAUUAAAAGAGCUUUGGACGCCGGUGCACACGGCAUCGUUGUACCUCAAAUCAAUACUGCCGAAGAAGCAAGAACUGUUGUCACUUAUUCAAAAUUCCCUCCACAAGGGCUUCGAGGGCAGGGCUCAUCGUUUCCUGCCAUCGCUCACGGCACCGAUAUGUCGACAUACCUGAAAACAGCGAACGAAACGCUUAUCACCUGUGUUCAAAUUGAAACGAAAGCGGGGAUCGAGAAUGUUGACGCUAUCUGUGCUGUCCCUGGUGUUGAUAUGAUUUUCAUCGGGCCGAACGACCUUGCACUAUCGGUCCUUGGUUAUGUUCCAGCAAAAGAAAUUGAGCCCGAAUUUGUCGAAGCUGUAGAAAAGAUCGUCGCAGCAGCUAGGAAGCAUAAGAAAUGGGUCGGUCGAUUAUCAAACAACGGGACCUUGUGCAAGGAGCAUCUAAAAGUGUUUGAUACUGUGGCGAUGAGUUACGAUAUUCGGGCGAUUCAAAACUGGUAUACAACUGAGUUGCAAGUUGCGCGCGCGUGA